CAGGAAUGCUCUCUCCAGAUUUUAGCGGACCAGAGGACAGAACAACAGGAAGAAGGUGGGAGGAAAAUGGAGUACGGAGUGUUGGAAUAAUUUUCACUAUACGAGACGGAGCAAGAUGGAGGCGGAGAAGAGGCUACGCCCGUGGGGCGCGGCGUCGAGAUUGCGGCUGGUGGUGCGCCUGGGGCGCGGCAGACGCCAGCCCAAGGUGGCUGCCCUCCGGCGUCCCGCCAAGAAGAAGCCUGCGGGCGGCAAGAAGCGGAGGCGGGGCCGCGUGGGGUGGCACGUGUCGGACACAACGGUCAUGUGCGCCCUCUACCUCCUCUGCGGGGUGGUUGCCUUCCAGGUGUACCAGGACAAGAGCCUGGAGCAGAACCUCCUGACCUACGACAUCGCCCACCUCGAGAAGACCCUUCACCAGGAGCUGGUGGGACAGACCUUGGCCAUCAACAGGUUGACCAAGCUACUGAGACGUUAUUUGGCCACGUACGUCCACCCCAAGCCCCUGGCCCUUUCCGUCAAUGGUCCCACAGGGGUAGGCAAGACCUACAUGGGAAGGCUGAUCGCCAAGCACUUCAGGUCCGCCCUAGAUCCUCAACUGGUCCUCCAGUGCUCACUCAAGCACCAAUCCUUGUUGGAUCUCAGCACCCUGGUGUCAGAUACUCUCUCCCGGGCUCAGCUGUCCCACCAGGUCCCGGUGGUCCUCCUAGACCAUGUCGAGCAUGCCUCGCCCGAGAUCCUGGACUUGUUGGGGAGCCUGUUGGCAUCCACUGACCCCACCGGAGCCGUCUACAUCCUCCUCAGCAGCAUCGGCCGAGAGGUGAUCUCCCGUUCCACCCUCCGCCCCUCGGUCCACGGAGAGACCACCCGGGCGCGGAGGGUCAGCGAGAAGCUGGCCCGACUGACCACCAGGCGGCACCCGGUCUGGAGGGAGGUGAACUUCAUCCCCCUCUUCCCCUUGGACCGGCCGCACGUGGCGCAGUGCGCCCGGCUGCUGAUGGAUCGCAGGGGCUUCUACCCCCGGGACCCCCGGGCAGAGACCAUGGUGGACGGCCUGAGCUACUACAAGGCCAGGCAUCGCCUCUACGCCCAGCAGGGCUGCAAGCCCAUCCCAUCACUGGUCAGGCGGCUGAAGGGGAGCAGGGAUCAGCUGGGGCAUGAAGCAGCCAGGAACACCAUGGAGAUGGCCAUGACAUCCUGGGAUGCUGUCCCAUCCCAUCGUCGGUCAGGCACCCCCCAAGGGGAACAAUAAUCACCUUGGAGAAGAUGUUCGUAGGUUCCUAGGGUAGAAUUAGGCCAUUCGGCCCAUCGACUCUACUCUGCCAUUCAAUCAUGGCUGAUCUCAUGACCAGUCCAGGACAAGGGGU